CUCGCUGCUUCCACCCACCGCACAAAAAUCACACACACCGAGAGAACGGUGGAGCUUUCCUGCCAAAUUGUCCUGUUCUUCCCAAUCUCCUCCAUCACUCUCCCACCGACCAUUGACGUCGAAGAUUUUGACCCACUUAGUCCACUGCCACCUGGCAACAGCUUCAAUUUGUGCGGCAUUGACUGCUGUUUCUUCACCUUCCGUUCCCACAGCAUUGUUUUCUGCUUCAAUUCAAUUGCGGCCUUGCCAAAACAUCGUGCGAGACCUGAGGCACCUCUCUGUCCACAGUACGUACUGUUCCUUGGCUCCAUCUCCCUCCGAAGGUCCGACCAAACCGUUCCAAGCCAGAAUCCAAUCCAACCGAAAUUCAGCGCCUUUGGCCCAUUUCCAUUGACGAAAUCCUCCUCAGUAUCCAAAGAGACCACUACCAUCGCGCAACAGUCCUGCACCCAAUUUUUCCCACCUCGAUCAGUGUUUGGGCUUCCGGCACAUCCAAAGCUACCCCCAUCCCAGCUUGAGAAACGUGGGGAGAGCUGCAAUACUAUUUCCAGGGUGCCUGCCUGCCUGGGUACCUUAGCUCCUUCUGUACUAGCGACAUAGCCUACAGCCCUGCUGCAAACAACCUUACGCAGCCAACCUUCCCAACUCCAAACCGACGCGUCUUCUGUCUUUGCAAACCUGUCGCAAUCGCAACAUCACCAUCGCCCUUCCACUCCAAGUCGCAUACUGCUACCAGCCAUUGCGGGCGCAAUAUUUUUCGGCAACCCUUUGUUGCGUACUUGACUAAUAGUGCAUGCGCCUGCGACCAUCAUCCUUAACUUUCUAAUGGACAACAAACGCAGGUCGUCGGCCAUGAACGGCGCGACAGAUGCUCAAGAGCCCAACGCAAAGAAGCAGAAGCUUGCUGCGAAAUACAACCUGAAGGAGCAAGAGACAGUCGAGUCCACCACUGAAUAUGGUCAUUUCUUUCUCGAACAAAUCCGCCGAACCGCUGACAAAAAUGGACGUAAGGUCUCUGGCUACUUCGAGUCGCUGCCCGAUAAGGAUAGCAACCCCGAAUACUACAAGAAGACGAGAAUGCCUAUCUCCCUCGCAAUGAUCGAGAAGAAGCUCAACCAAGGAGACUUUCCCACCCUCACCGAACUUGAAAGUUACUGCAAGCGCAUGGUAUCAAAUGCCAAGGAGUUCUACCCUCGCGGGAGUCAGCUCUUCGAAGAUGCAGAACGGGUCCGGAAGGCCCUGAGUAACUUCAUGACCAAGUACAACCCUGCUUACGCGAGAGGUGGUUAUACGGCCAUUCCCACCCCCCUGCCUGCCGAUGGCACUGCGGAUGACGUAGAGGAAGAUGUCGAGCCUAUUUCUCAGUCUACAAGUGGCCGUCGCAAGUCUCAAGCUGCAGCCAAGUCUCCUGAGCAACAGGACGAUGCUGAUGGCGAUGAGGAAGAAGACAUUGCCGAAGUCGACGACGGAGAGGACGAAGAGGAAGAGGAAGACGACGAUGCCGAGGGUGAAGAGGACGAUGACGAAGGAAGUCAGACAUCCAGGCCCGCCACUAUCCUCAUUCGUCGUCGAGGACCAGGCAGACCUACCAAAGGGACAACGCCACGCAAGACAAAGGCACGGACCGUCACGCCCAGCCGCCCUGACUGUGAGUAUGAGGGCAUCCCCUACAAGGGCCUCAGUUUUCAGGCUGCUCAGGAGAAGAUCGUGGAGGAGAUGAUCCGGAGCAAGGAGGAUGGCGGUCAAGAGCCCUAUUUCGAACCUUUCGUCAACCUUCCUCCCCGCGUCUUGAAAGAUUACUACAGAAUUGUGAAGGAGCCUAUCUCACUGAAAAAGCUCCAGAAGUCUGUGAAAGGUGUCAAGGGCCGCAAUGAGGCCACCGGCACCAGCGAAUUCAAGACCUGGGCAGCAUUCGAAGAAACGGCUAGCUUGCUCUGGAAGAACGCUUUCUUCUACAAUGAGGAGGGGAGCGAGAUCUACGAGCUGGGCCAGGAGCUCGAGGAGUUCUUCAAGAAUGAGUUGAAGCAAGCCAAGGGCGCUGUUCAAGAGCCGGCACAGCCUAAGAUCAAGCUUAAAGUCCAGCAACCGGCGCCUGAGCAGCCCGCACCUUCAUCAAAAAAGAUCACAAUCCACGUGGGGGGCAAGAGCGACUCGGGAGAGUCGCCUGCACCCCCGAUCUCCCAGUCGGCUGGACACCAGGUCGGCGAUCAUGCACCUAUCGCCAACGGCAUCACGCGCCAGAGUGGAGCUCCAGCUGUUCCGGCUGCGAUGGACAGGAUUCACAGUGUCUCCGUCGCCUCGCCAAGCCCUUCGAUUGUCAACAAUGUCAAGCGAGAGGAUGCUGCCCGUCCCUCCCCAACAGUGACACCCGGUCAUACUAGCACGCCCUCGGCCUUUCCGCCGCCCGCUACUGGAUCGGCUACAAAUCUAUCUAAUGCGACCUUUCAGCCUAUAGGUGUUGCGCAGCAUCAGCCGCAGAUUAAUGGCAUACAGCAGCAGCCGCAGCAGCAGCAGAAACCUCUGUGGGACCAGACGAGACGCGCUCCAGGCAAAGGAGCUGCAGAUGCAUUGAUCAGCAGCCUUAGAGUCCAGACGCACCCAAUGAUCAAUGUUGAGCGGCGCUUCGAGAUUACUCUGUUGCCUCUCGAGAAAGAGGCACAACAGUCAGUGACGGUUCACAUGCAGUCCAGCCACUUGAGAGUCCAGCUCAUCCUGGUCGUGCCCUCGUUCCUAGAGAAAGAAGGACGUCAGUGGAGACUUUUUGUAUCGGUUAACCGCCAGAUGGCCCACCAGGCUCACCCUGUUCCCGGUCAGGUGCUGCCUCUCGGCGCCCGCGUCUUUGAAGCCCAGCUUCAGGCUGGAGCUGUCAACAACAUUGAGGUCUCCGUUGCGGCUGCUUUGCCCAAGGGUCAAAAGCUGUCCAGCGGCGCUGAUUUCGAAGUGGAGCAGAUGACGGUGUUUGCUCACGUGGCCAAGAACUAGGAGUUUUCCGCCAUCACAAGCCGACCUGUCGAACUUCAUGGCACCUCCCACCUCAAUAA